CAUUAACCGCGGAAUAGCCGCGACAGCCAUUAAGUCGGUUGGAGCAGCAGCUGACGAAGUAUCCUUUAGCACUUACCACAAAAAUGGGUGUCGAGAAACAAAUUAUUAGCCCCGGUGACAACAAGAACUUCCCUAAGCCCGGUGACAGAGUUACCAUGCACUACACUGGCACUUUGGUGAAUGGCAAAAAGUUUGACUCUUCCGUUGACCGCGGAAGCCCUUUCCAAUGCACCAUCGGCGUCGGCCAACUGAUUCGCGGUUGGGAUGAGGGUGUUCCUACCAUGAGUUUGGGCGAGAAGGCCAAGCUUACUAUCACUCCCGACUUCGGUUACGGUCCUCGUGGCUUCCCCGGUCUUAUUCCCCCCAACAGCACUUUGCUGUUUGAUGUUGAGCUUUUGGGAAUUAACAACCUCAAGGCUUAAGCAUUUUCAUGCCAAUUCAAUGUAGCAACGGCGGCGUACUCGCUUACGCCUAAAAGUUGUGUUUCACGCUACGUAUUCGUUUACAUGCACUAGUUCAGUAAUAUACACAUUGUUGUUAUCCAUUUGGUCCCGACGCUCUCGGUAUACACCCAGUUUACUUGGUCACUACCGCUCGCUCAAGGGCUACAAUUGACACAACUCAAAUACAAGGCACGACGCUCGGGCUUAGAACAAAAAGACGAAAGCUGUCUAAGACGGGAA